UAAUAUUAUAAUAUUAAUAUUAAAUCGAGAGUCGUGUCGAUAUCGCGCGACUUUUAUACUUUUAAUAAUAAUGUAAUGUAUAAAUCGGUAUCGGACGAUCGAGCGGCGCUCGUGACACACGCGUGUGGCACUAUAUAUACAGAAUAUGCAUCGUGUGUGCUCGCUCGCGUACAAAAAUAUUUUUAAUACGUGCACGCAUACGUAAACACACGUUCUCGCAGUGCCUCUCUGGAGGCUCGCUCGUAUGAUACUCGGUAAUACGUCGGCGACGCAAGCGCUGCUGCUGCUUUUGCUGUCAGCGAGUAUACAGCUCGCGAGUAGCAGCAGACGUCGACUCGCACCGCCGGCUUUUUUUUGACGCCGAUGCACCGACGCGCACUCGAAGAUUUUUGUUGUCUAUGUAUGAAACCGCGAGUGCUCCACCCUAUUUUUUUAUUUUUGUGCCGAAGGGAGAGACAAGUGCACGACCUUCGUGGGCGAAGACCUGCAUGGAGCUGUGGUGCAAAGGGGUGUUAAAGGGUUGACGCAGCCUAAAAUAUAAACAAUCAGUCAUCAUCAACAUCGAGAUCAACGACGAUAUUAAAAAACAUCGUCAUCGUCGUCGCUGACGUUGUGCCGCCGCCACCACCACCACCACCACCACCACCAGCGAGUCAUUAUGCAGUCUUCGUCUUCUCAGCUGCUGCUGCUGCGGCUGCGACUGCCGCUACUGCCACCGCUGCUGCUGCUGCUGCUGCUGCUGCUACUACUUCGGCCGCUAUAAAAGCACAAGUAUCACACACGCACCGCUGCAGUAUCAUAUAUAAUUAAUAAUAUAGAAGUUGUGCUCUGCCGCUGUUGCUGCUCUCGGGCUGCCAACGCACGCCAGGCGACGACCCGCGCGUGUGUGCGUGUGUCUGUGCAUGUGUGCUCGUGUGCUGAUGUGUGUGUGGUUCAUUUUUGACAGAAGACUCACGUGUGUGCUUUGAUACGGUGUGUUUUUUCUGUAAAAGACAAUAUAUCUGUAAUAAAAAGCGAGGAUGAACGCGAGCAAGUACUACGACGGCUUCGGCCGACAAUUGCUCGACGGCAUGAGCAACGCGCGUAUGCUGCUCUACCUCGUCAAUCCGUACGAGUCGAGCUUCGAGAAGCUGGAGGACGUGCCGGAUUAUCAGAGCCAAGUGUGGCUGUCGUUUUUCGUCCUCAUCCUCCUGGAGAACGCCAUACUCUACGCCAAAAAGGAGGCCAGCUUUCGGCUCAACGACCACGUGAACUCGCUCUCGCACUGGAUCCUGCAGGAAACUGGACGAAUACUGUUUCGCGGAGCCGAGUACUACCUCUACAUAUCGAUCUAUGAAAAAUUCCGAUUAUGGGAGCUGGCUUGGGACUCGCCCUGGACCUGGUGGGCCACGGCGAUCGGCGUGGACUUCUGCUACUACUGGGUGCAUCGAGCUAAUCACGAGGUGCUGUUUCUCUGGGCGCACCAUCAGGUGCAUCACAGCAGCGAGGAAUUCAAUCUCGUAGUCGGCCUACGCCAGUCGAUACUCCAGCAGUGGUGCAGCUUCAUGUUCUACCUGCCGUUGGCGCUGUUCAUACCGCCCUCGCACUUCGUCGCGCAUCACCAGUUCAAUCUGAUCUAUCAGCUCUGGAUACACACGACCGUCAUCGAGGAUUUGGGCCCGCUCGAGUUGGUCUUCAACACGCCCAAGCAUCAUCGAGUGCAUCACGGCUGCAAUCUUUACUGCUUGGACACGAAUUACGGCGGCGUGCUGAUCGUCUGGGAUCGACUUUUCGGCACUUUCGCCACGGAGAGGCCCAAAGAGAAGAUCAUUUACGGGCUGGUAGUCAGUCCCGAGUCGUACGAACCGCUAUAUCUUCAGGUAUUCUACGCGCUGGGAAUGAUCCGCAACAGUCUGAGCAUGAGUAACCUGAGCGACAAGUUGGCCGUGUAUUGGAAAGGCCCAAGCUGGAAGCCCGGACUGCCGCGACUCGGCCUCGACGAGUUCAAAGUUAACGUCACAUCUCGAAUCAAGUACGAUCCAGUUAUUCCAACUUGGCAGAGCUGCUACAUACUCUUUCACUUCUGCCUAGUUCUGUAUGCCCAUUCGCAUCUCUACGAUCACAGCAUCGAAGCGCACAAGUACCUGACGGGUGCGAUGAUCGUCAACAACGUCGCGGCGCUGACGACGAUCGGCCUGCUGUUCGAUCGAUCGCGGAUAGCCGGUCUGCUCGAGCUGGCCCGCUGCUGCGCCUAUCUGUACUUUUUGCGCGACCAGCAGAGCCAGCUCGUCAGCUACGUUUACGCGCUGUCCUGCUGCAUCUGGAUCUGCGACAUCGUCAAGUCCAGGGCGGCGGUUCAGCCGGCCAAAGAAUAAAAAAUCGGCCGGCGUAAAAGAGUACACGUUAAAAACAAAAAAAAAACAAGCGACUGAAGGAGAAAAUCGGAUGUUAUUUUUUUCUGCAUAACAUUUGUGUAGUAUCCUAUUCCCUUGCUUCUGUAUAGAUCUAUAUGAAUGAAUUGGGAACGAGCAAACGAGUUCUCGGCAAACCUGAUGCGAAAAAAUGUACAAAUAUAUUAUUAAUAUCACUAUACACGCUCGAGCAAGGGAUAUGUAUAAUUUUUACAAAAAUUUUCAUUACGUACUAUUUAAGCUCUAAGCUAUAUAUAAUGGGCCAGUAAAGCGACUCUAUCGGAUGCAUUGAUUAUAAAAACUUAGUUUCAGUAGUGCAAUUAUCGAAGUAAUUAAUUUGUAAUUAUCUUUAUAUCUGUACGAUUAAGUUUUCAAGGAGACGAAAAAAUUAACGAUAUUAACGAUAAUAACAAUAACCGAAGAAAAAUAUUUUUCUAGUCUGCGGAAUCGAAUUGAACUCUAUGAUAUAUAAUUAUGCAUUAGCCCGCACUUCGUUGCUUUUGAUAAAAAUUUUCUAAAAUCGACACACCUUCAAAGUGCAAUACACACAUAUAGAUAGUAAUUAUUAUUUAAAAAAAAACAGCCCAACGCGAUUACGUAAGACUCACGCGCGACCCCUCCGCUUUUAUUCUCUCGUAUACGAUAGAUAUAUAUAAUGUAUGUUUCGUUACAUAAAAGGACUAUAUGAUAAUCGCGCUUGAUCUAGAUUUUCUUAUCGCAAAUAGCUUUAAGAGUUCGUAGUUGUUACGCAUUAUACGCGAAGCUGUGAGUGUAAACUUUUUUUUCUCUCUCUCUCUCUCUUUCGUUUGUAAUGACCGCAAUAUUUUUGUAUAUAAUAUAAUACGGCGUUAUUCAAUGCGCAAGUUUUUGUAAUUCGAUCUAUAAUUUGUAUAAUUGUAUUUUGGUACAUUUAUAAUCGCGUAUUAAUCCGAUCAAUGUAAAUUUAACGAUAGUACGUUAAGGCUCACCCACGAAUUACCUGAUUUUAUCGAUAAGAGCGAUAUUUUAUAUCAAUGAAAUUUUGUUAAAAAUCUUGGAAGAAUCUAUUUUUGGAAUAAAUACAUUGUAACUAUUUUCGAAA